CUGUUCGCUAGUCGUCACCGCUGCCGUGGCCAUGAACGGAAUCACCGCUCUCGAGCAGGGCGACCCUGCUAACGUUCUCCAGAGCAAUCUCGCCCCGUCCGAUUCUCCUGUGCAGUCGCAGACGCUGGCUCCUGCCUGGACGACACCGACACCAACUGCGUCUAAUGGCGGAUCGUACUCGUACGACAGCACGGACUCUUCCGUUGCCGGUUCGUCAGAGAUCGAUGAGGGUAGCGAUACCAAGUCGAAUGGCGCGUUCACAAUUCCCCCUUCCACUGACUCUGGCAGUGAGUUCAACCCCAAGAGUCCACCUCCAUUGCCGUCGAGCCCCGGUAGCGUUUCAACCGGCAGCGAUCUUGGCGUUGGCAGUGACUCCGCUCCAAACAUCAAGGAAGGUCUCCCUUCUUUAAGGAGCUCUGGAAGCAGCCCCACAGGCUCACCGGAUCUUAAUGAAAACGGUGAUUACACGACGAGCAACGCUGGCAGUGACGUCGAAGGAUCAAGCGCUAUCGACGAGAGCAGCGGUUCCGCGUCUGUGGACCAGGGCGAGGUCACCUUCCCGCCUACAAGUGGAUCUAGUAGCGAGGUUGCUGGAUCAAGCUCCAUUGACGAUAAUAGCGGCUCUGCGUCGAAGGGUAAGAGCGACGGCAUCCAGCGAAGUGGUGAUGGCAGUGAGAGUCAGGGCUCGACUAGCCUGCCCGAGAGCAGCACUUCGGCAUCAGCACCGUGUGACGAAGCACUCUCGCUGGCGGGCAGCUCUGCGACCGGUAGUCAAGUUGACAGUUCGUCCGACACCGAUCAGAGUGUCCCUGGUUCGGAGUCUGGUAGCCAACCUAGCGGAUCUACCGGUCCCUCUGAGGACAGCAGCUCGUCUCCGUCCAAGUACCCCUCACAAACACUCGAGACUGGCAGCCAGGUCGAGGGCUCUUCCAAUAUUACCCAAGGCAGCGACGCCAACAGUCCCAACCAGUCGGAUGACUCGACCGCCAUCGAAAACAACGGCACGCCGCCAUCGAGCAACCAGAGCCAGACGAACGGUAGCAAGGCGGCGGGAUCCUCUGCUUCCGAGCCGACGUUCCCGAGCAGAAGCACAAGUUGCAAACGUCGUCUCCGCCAAUAA